CAGAUGAUCUAAUUCUAAGCCAGUUUUCAUCUGCAAGCAUGCCAGAAGAAGAGGAGGAAGAGGAAGAAAACUAUGAGUCUCUUCCACAGAUAUCUAUAACAGAUGCUUUGGAGAGUCUAUAUAAACUCCGGCUUUUCGAGGAGCAGCAGGUGGAUGGAAAUAAGGCCUUAAUCCAGCAACUUCUCUUCCAUGAGAGGACCCUUUUGAGAAAGAAGGUUAGCAGACAGCAGCAGAGUGAUAUACGAGACUUCUUUUGUAAUUAG